GCUGAGCCACUCUUUGUUUCUAGCUAGCUAGCUAGCAGAAGAAUACGGGGGAGUCGCCGGCGAAACGUAAAUCUACAGACUUGCUUUGCUUCACUCACUCCUCCUGGUUCUGCUGAGAUGUCCACUCCGGACCCCCCCAUGGGAGGGACACCUCGGCCCGGCCCUUCCCCAGGCCCUGGGCCGUCUCCAGGGAGCCUGCUGGGCCCUAGUCCUGGGCCUUCUCCUGGCUCUGCUCAUGGACUGAUGGGCCCCAGCCCAGGACCACCAUCUUCAGGACAUCAUACAGGACCACCACAGGGACCCUCUGGCUACCCCCCAGAUAGCAUGCACCAGAUGCACAAGCCUAUUGACAGUAUGCACGAAAAGGGCAUGGCAGAUGACCCUAGGUAUGGCCAGAUGAAGGGCAUGGGCAUGAGGCAGGGUGGCCACAGUGCCAUGGGACCACCCCCCAGCCCCAUGGAUCAACAUUCCCAAGGUUAUCCUUCUCCACUUGGUGGUUCUGAACAUGCUCCAAGCCCUGUGCCCGCUAACGGCCCUUCCUCUGGCCCCAUGAUGCCCUCGGCCCCAGGUGGCAUGCCCAUUGAGGGUGGGGACCCUCAAGCCAUGGGCCAGCAGAACCGAGCUGGUGGUCCCUCGGCUGGCCCAGGAUCGGGGCCCAGUGGCGGGCCCACAGGUGCUGGAGGGCCAGGCGGCACUGGAGGCCCCACACCCUUCAACCAGAAUCAGCUCCACCAGCUCCGUGCACAGAUUAUGGCCUACAAGAUGCUGGCCCGGGGACAACCCCUGCCUGACCACCUGCAGAUGGCAGUGCAAGGCAAGAGGCCCAUGCCAGGCAUGCAGCAGGGCAUGCCCAAUAUGCCCCCAACAACAGGGCCUGGAUCUGGCCCUCCUGGCCCUGGAGGACCUGGUCCAGCAGGCCCCAACUACAGCAGGCCACAUGGAAUGGUAGGACCCAACAUGCCUCCUCCAGGACCAUCUGGAGUUCCCCCUGUUAUGCAGGGACAGCCUCCCAACGGACCGCCUAAAUCAUGGCCUGAAGGACCCAUGGUGAAUGCUGCUGCUCCAGCCAGUGCUCCUCAGAAGCUAAUCCCACCCCAGCCCACUGGUCGGCCCUCCCCUGCCCCUCCCUCUGUCCCUCCAGCUGCAUCUCCUGUAUUGCCGCCUCAGACCCAGUCCCCGGGGCAACAAGCCCCACCUCCACCCAUGAUGCUUCAUCCAAAACAAAACCGCAUAACACCCAUCCAGAAGCCUAGAGGCCUUGACCCUGUAGAGAUCCUGCAGGAGAGGGAGUACAGACUGCAAGCACGUAUAGCUCAUCGUAUCCAGGAGCUGGAUAACCUUCCUGGAGCUCUGCCUGGAGACCUGAGGACCAAAGCCAAUAUUGAGCUGAAGGCACUGAGACUCCUCAACUUCCAGAGACAGCUCCGACAGGAAGUGGUGGUGUGCAUGCGUCGUGACACAGCACUGGAGACGGCGCUCAACGCCAAAGCGUACAAGCGCAGCAAACGUCAGUCAUUGCGUGAGGCCCGGAUCACAGAGAAGUUGGAGAAGCAGCAGAAGAUCGAGCAGGAGCGCAAGCGCCGUCAGAAACAUCAGGAAUAUCUGAACAGUAUCCUCCAGCAUGCAAAGGAUUUCAAGGAGUACCAUCGCUCCAUCACAGGAAAGCUCCAAAAGCUGACCAAAGCUGUGGCCACCUACCACGCCAACACGGAGAGGGAACAGAAGAAGGAGAAUGAGAGGAUUGAGAAGGAGAGAAUGCGGAGACUAAUGGCUGAGGAUGAGGAAGGUUACAGGAAGCUGAUUGACCAGAAGAAGGACAAGCGUCUGGCCUAUCUGCUGCAGCAAACCGACGAGUAUGUGGCGAACCUCACUGAGCUUGUCCGUGCCCACAAGGCUGCACAGGCCCUCAAAGACAAGAAGAAGAAGAAGAAGAAGAAAAAGAAGACAGAGAAUGGUGAGGGUGGAGCACCUGCACUGGGUCCAGAUGGAGAGCCUCUUGACGAGACAAGUCAGAUGAGUGACCUCCCAGUGAAGGUCAUUCAUGUAGACAGUGGCAAGAUCCUGACCGGAGUGGACGCUCCAAAAGCUGGCCAGCUGGAGGCCUGGCUAGAGAUGAACCCUGGGUAUGAGGUGGCCCCACGCUCUGAUAGUGAAGACAGUGGUUCAGAGGAGGAAGAGGAGGAAGAGGAGGAGCCACAGCCUGCCCAGACACCAGCAGACGAGAAGAAGAAAAUUCCAGAUCCUGACAGCGAGGACGUGUCCGAGGUGGAUGCUCGCCACAUAAUUGAGAAUGCUAAGCAGGAUGUGGAUGAUGAAUAUGGUAGCGCUGCGUUUGCCGUGGGCCUGCAGUCCUACUACUCUGUAGCCCACGCCGUGACUGAGAAGGUGGACAGACAGUCCUCCCUCAUGGUUAAUGGGACACUUAAGCAAUACCAGAUUAAAGGACUGGAGUGGCUUGUGUCUCUUUAUAAUAAUAAUCUGAAUGGCAUUCUUGCUGAUGAGAUGGGCUUGGGAAAGACCAUCCAGACCAUUGCACUCAUUACCUACCUCAUGGAGUACAAGCGUAUCAAUGGGCCCUUCCUCAUCAUCGUCCCACUCUCGACUCUGUCAAACUGGGUGUAUGAGUUUGAUAAGUGGGCCCCAUCUGUGGUAAAAGUUUCAUACAAGGGAUCUCCCGCUGCUCGCCGUGCCUUCGUCCCCAUCCUGCGCAGCGGCAAGUUCAAUGUGCUGCUCACCACCUAUGAGUACAUCAUCAAAGACAAGCAAGUGCUGGCCAAGAUCCGCUGGAAGUACAUGAUCGUGGAUGAGGGCCACCGGAUGAAGAACCACCACUGCAAGCUGACGCAGGUGCUGAACACACACUACCUGGCGCCCCGGCGCCUGCUGCUUACGGGCACGCCGCUGCAGAACAAACUGCCUGAGCUCUGGGCCCUGCUCAACUUCCUGUUGCCCACCAUCUUCAAGAGCUGCAGCACCUUCGAGCAGUGGUUCAACGCGCCCUUCGCCAUGACCGGCGAGAAGGUGGACCUGAAUGAAGAGGAGACAAUUCUCAUCAUCCGCCGCCUGCACAAAGUGCUCCGCCCCUUCCUGCUCAGGAGGCUUAAGAAGGAAGUAGAGGCCCAGCUGCCUGAAAAGGUGGAGUAUGUGAUUAAGUGUGACAUGUCAGCUCUGCAGAGAGUACUGUACCGGCAUAUGCAGGCCAAGGGAGUCCUGCUCACAGAUGGCUCAGAGAAAGACAAAAAGGGUAAAGGAGGCACGAAGACACUGAUGAACACCAUUAUGCAGCUAAGGAAGAUCUGUAACCACCCAUACAUGUUCCAACACAUUGAGGAGUCCUUCUCUGAGCACUUGGGCUUUACAGGAGGUAUUGUUCAGGGGCCAGACCUAUAUCGGGCAUCUGGGAAGUUUGAGCUCCUAGACCGCAUUCUGCCCAAGCUCCGUGCCACCAACCACAAAGUCCUGCUCUUUUGUCAGAUGACCUCCCUCAUGACUAUAAUGGAGGACUAUUUUGCAUACCGCAAUUUCAAAUACCUGCGUCUGGAUGGAACCACUAAGGCUGAGGACCGUGGCAUGCUAUUGAAGAACUUUAAUGAUCCAGCCUUUCAGUACUUUGUGUUCCUGCUGAGUACCAGAGCCGGAGGCCUGGGGCUCAACCUGCAGUCUGCUGACACUGUCAUCAUUUUCGAUAGCGACUGGAACCCCCAUCAGGACCUGCAGGCCCAGGACCGCGCCCACCGCAUUGGGCAGCAGAACGAGGUACGCGUGCUGCGCCUCUGCACUGUCAACAGCGUGGAAGAGAAAAUCCUGGCUGCAGCCAAGUAUAAGCUCAAUGUGGACCAGAAGGUCAUCCAGGCGGGCAUGUUUGACCAGAAAUCGUCCAGUCAUGAGCGCCGGGCCUUCCUGCAAGCCAUCCUGGAACAUGAGGAGCAGGACGAGGAGGAGGAUGAGGUACCAGAUGAUGAGACCGUCAAUCAGAUGAUAGCCAGAAGUGAGGAGGAGUUUGAUCACUUCAUGCGGAUGGAUCUGGACCGGCGCCGUGAGGAGGCGCGCAACCCCAAGCGCAAGCCCCGGCUCAUGGAGGAGGAUGAGCUGCCCACCUGGAUCAUGAAGGACGACGCCGAGGUUGAGCGACUCACCUGUGAGGAAGAGGAGGAGAAGAUGUUUGGUCGCGGCUCCCGGCAAAGGAAGGAGGUUGACUAUAGCGACUCACUCACAGAGAAACAGUGGCUAAAGGCCAUAGAGGAGGGCACACUAGAAGAGAUUGAGGAAGAAGUGCGGCACAAGAAGACGACUCGGAAGAGGAAAAGAGACCGGGACAUUGACCCAGGCCCGGCCACACCCAGCUCCAGUGGUGGGCGGAGCAGAGAUAAGGAUGAUGACAGUAAGAAACAGAAGAAACGGGGCCGACCUCCUGCAGAGAAACUUUCACCCAACCCCCCUUCCCUCACCAAGAAGAUGAAGAAAAUUGUCGAUGCCGUCAUCAAGUAUAAGGACAGCAAUGGCAGGCAACUGAGUGAAGUCUUCAUCCAGCUGCCUUCUCGCAAGGAGCUGCCUGAGUACUACGAGCUCAUUCGCAAGCCCGUGGACUUCCGUAAAAUAAAGGAGCGCAUUAGGAUCCACAAGUACCGCAGUCUCAACGACCUGGAGAAGGAUGUCAUGCUCCUCUGCCAGAACGCUCAGACCUUCAACCUGGAGGGAUCGCUGAUCUAUGAGGACUCCAUUGUGCUGCAGUCUGUGUUCACCAGCGUGCGACAGAAGAUUGAGAAGGAAGAGGACAGUGAGGGGGAGGACAGUGAGGAAGAGGAAGAGGAGGCAGAUGAAGGGUCAGAGUCUGAAUCGCGCUCGGUGAAGGUAAAGAUCAAGCUCAGCCGUAAGGAGAAAGCUCUGGAAAGGGCCAAAGGCAGGCGGCGCACUGGACGAAGCUCACGGCCAAAACCUGUGGUGAGCGACGACGACAGCGAGGAAGAGCAGGAGGAGGAACGUUCUGCUAGUGGCAGUGAGGAAGAUUAAGUCUGCAGCUUGAUCAAAUCUUCCUUUUUCUCCUCACUUUGGAGAACCUGAUCUGGACAUCAUUUUUACUGUAGACCAGACCAACCCAGUGAUGAAAUCUAGUUUUACCCUAGAUCUUUUGUUUGGGUGUUUUUUUUUGUUGUUUUUUUUUUUUUAUUGACAAAUUACAUCCAGAAUGAUUAAAUGUCAGUUUUUUGCAGACACAGUUAAGGCCCAGUCCCUGACUAGGAAGUCUUUUUAAAGGAGGAUCAGCAAAAGCAACCCCUUAAUCCUGGAUGCAAAAGCAGACACUGCAAUUUAAGACCAAGGAAAGACCCCAGUAUCACAUUUUAAGCAGGCAUUCCUAUUUUUAAUAUCUGUAUGCGUGUUUUUAGAUGGAUUGCUUUUUCAUUAUGACCUCUGUCAUUUUGUGAGAAGUGUACAAUAGUUGCUGGGGUGGUUUUUUUUUUUUGUUUGUUUGUUUUUUUGUUUGUUUUUUUACACGCUUGCUCCAGAGUGCGUCUCCUAUGAGUGUGAAGAAAAAGCACAGUGAAUGGUUUAUUCUGUCAGUGUUUUUUCUCUUGUCCUGUCUGUUUCUUCCCUGAGGUUAAUUUAAGAAUAUUAGCAGGAUCAAGGUACGUCAUCCCAUGUUGAGCUCCAUUUGGCUAAAGAGGGGAGUAGAGCUUAGAACUCAGUACUGUGUCGGUGUCACUGGAUUUCAAAAACAAUAAAGGCAUCUCUCAAAUAUUUUCUCUGGACACAUGUAGAUUUAUUUGUCUCCAGUUGGUCUCCAUGCAACAAGCUUGGUGGGUGUUUUUAUUGCUGCUGUUUUUUUGCUUUCAUAAUAGUGUUUUAUCUUAGAAGGAAGGAUGCAUUAUACAUGUUGAAGCUGUUCUGCACCGAUGAGGCCAGAGUUUUGUUUUGUUUUUUGUUUUUUUCCCUGACCAUUUUUAGUAUUGGAGCAUUAACCAUACGUCUGGUUAAAACUAAAAGCAGUAUGUGAAUGUUGGUCUUUGCACUUGACUGUUUCCCUAUUUCCCUGCAUCAGCAUGUGGUAGACUUAUCAGUGACCCGAUUAACGUAACAAAAAGAAAUUUACAUUUAGCAGGUUGUUCCCAGUAAAAACAAAUGCACAUGCGUAGGCUCUCGGGGGACAGAAGUACAGCCUGCAUGCAUUUAUGCUGUAAAUAUGUUUUUAAAUAUGUUUAAUAGAGUGAACUUGAUCACAUAUUUGUCAGCAAUAUGUCAAAUAUUGCAUCUGUUUCUCAUAUUGGCUUCUGCAAAUUUGACACUAGGUGGUGCUCUCAUUCAAGAGGAAUAUAAGUACAUUUAUACUCAUAUUUUUAUGACAUUUUUAUGGAAUAUUUUAAAAUUCCCUAAAGAGACAAGGAUUUUGCAAAUUAUUUUUAUGUUGAUGUGACUGUGUCAGGCUGUGUUACACAAUAACAGCAGUGUAGUAAAAAAAA